AUGGACGAAAUACCUGAAUUGGUCGAAAUUGUUGAAAUAAUUGAUUCUUCUGAAUCAAAAGUAAAUGAUAUUGAUAAAGCCCUUAAUUCAAAGGUUCCUAUAACAAUAAUCACUGGCUUCCUCGGCUCAGGGAAAACUACAUUACUUAAUUAUAUUUUAUCAAAUCAACAUGGAAAAAGAAUCGCCGUUAUUUUGAACGAAUUUGGCGAAAGUAGCGGAAUUGAAAAAUCCUUAUCAAUUAAUCAAGACGGUGAUUCAUUUGAGGAGUGGUUAGAAUUACAAAAUGGAUGCUUAUGCUGUUCUAUCAAAGAUAAUGGUGUAAAAGCAAUUGAAAAUCUUAUGCAGAAAAAAGGAAAAUUUGAUUAUAUUUUGCUGGAAACUACAGGUCUUGCUGAUCCAGGUCCAAUUGCUUCAAUGUUCUGGUUGGACGAUGAUUUAGGAAGCGACAUAUAUUUGGAUGGCAUCGUUACAUUAGUUGACGCAAAAUAUAUCCUACAAUAUAUUUCGGAGAAGAAAGCAGAUGGUUCGAUAAAUGAAGCUGUUCGUCAAAUAGCAAUAUCCGAUAGAAUAAUUAUCAACAAAAUGGAUCUAGUUUUACCCUCAGUUAUAGAUUCUAUACAAAGUCAGAUCAGGACUGUAAAUUCAAUUGCAGAUAUUAUUAACACAGAAAGAUCAAGAGUUCCAUUAGACUUCAUUUUGGACAUUCAUGCAUUCGACUUUAAACAGUCACCUUUUUCACUAUUGGCAUCAUCACAAACUUUAGAUGAGGAUGAUACAGAAAAUGGACAUGGCCAUAACCACGAUCAUAUUGAAGAGGAGGUUAAAACCAUAUGUUUAACUGAAUUUCCGUCACCUACCCUUGAUUUGACAAAAAUAGAACAAUGGAUUCAAUGUUUAUUAUGGGAGAAAAUUGUUCCAACGUAUGACACUACACCAUGUCAAACUAAUCCUCAAAUAACAAUUCUAAGGCUUAAGAGUAUUCUGACACCGAACCAUGAUAUAAAAUCGCGUGUUGUCGUGCAAGGGGUUCAAGAGUUGUACGAUUUACAAUACAUUCCUAAUGAUAUGAGCGAUUUGGAUGAGUCUGAAAGUGUCUGUAAAAAUGCAAUGGUAAAAGAUAAAAUCGUAAUUAUUGGAAGAAAUUUAGAAUAUAUGAAAUUGAAAAAUUCAUUAUGGAAUUGGAUGGGUUGGAUCUAG